CAACAGCUUCGGAAUUUUUAGAAAUUAAGCUCCAAAUGAUUUCUUCUCGUAUUUGACGUCACAAUGAACCACACGACUAGUUGACCUCUUUUUUCGCUUCUCUAUGUAUUAAAUCUCGUCGAGAUGGGAAAAUAAGUGCUCAGCUCCUACGAUCCCUGUGGGAUUCAUUGUGCACGACCACGAUCGAAAAAAAACAAAUGACGGUCUCGGCUUUCGUAGCGCCCGUAUCAUGGCGACGACGAAGGAAGGCCGCGAGGAGAUGAAAAUAAUGACGCAGGAGGUUCCUCCAGCGCCCGAGUUUCGGCUCUUGGAAGGCGAUCCGCCAGACGAGUUCGACCUCGCAUUCGUCUUUGGCGAGGGCGCAAAGUCCUUUGCGGUGUGGCAGUUUCCCACCUUCAAAGUUUUGGAUCUGAACAGCAGCGACUUCUUCACCGAUGAGAAUGACGUUGACGGCCCGCGUGCGAUCGUUUCUCUCUUGGCCGACAAAAUCCGAAGGGAAAAGCCCCCUCGUCCGUCUGAUCAUAGGCCCGAGGCGAGUGUUGUUGUCCACGAGGUGAGCGGCAUGGCGGAGGCGAGCAGUAACUUUGAGGAUUCCGUAUCCGAGAUUCUCGACGCAGCUGCUGAUGCGGAAACACUGUUAGCUGC